AUGGUGGACAUUGAAAAAUUAAUUUUGGGAGUAUUCGAAAGACAGGAAUUAUGGAACCAAACAAAUAAGGAUUACCACAACCGAGAUAUGGCUCGUAAGAUGUGGAUAUCCCUGGCAAAAGAAAUGGGAGAAAACAGUGAUGUACUCAAAUCGAAAUGGCGGGAACUAAGAGAUAACUGUAGAAAAGAACUACAUAGAAGCAAAAACAAAAAAGGGCGAUCCGGAGAUGCUGGUGGAAUAUCAAUACCAUCAAAAUGGCCUUAUUUCACACUGAUGCUUUUCCUAAAAGACAACAUGAUCCAAAGAAAUGCUACAGGAAAUAUUCCUCCUCUCAAUAAACAAGAAAAUUUAUACGAUGAAAAUACUACGCCAUAUUCAAUCUCUGAACCUGAUUAUGAUAGAAAUCAUAAUUCUGAAUUUAAUUCAGAUCCAGAAUUAAAUACUGACACUAUGACUACGACACCCAAGGCUGCUAAAAUAGCUCAAGCAAAUAAGGAAACGGGUACAAAGAGUAAAAAAGCUAAAUCUUCAGUAGGUAUAUGA